UCCUUCCAGAUCAAUCUCAGUUGAAGUGGAUUUGUCAAGUAUAAGUGCACAGCCAUGUAAAUUUUACAACAGAAGUACCUCCAUUAUUAUUAACAUGGAUUUUCUGAAACCAAAACAACUUUGACGUAACAGUUUCAAAUAUUAGGAAGAAAGUAGAAAGGUUUCAGUUUUAAUCAUGACUACCUCACACAUGAAUGGACAUGUUACAGAGGGACCAGAAAGUGAGAUGAAGAACAUAGAUCUUUUAUCUCAUGAUGAGCCACCAAGACACAGAGAAAUGGCAGUGGAUUGUCCUGAUGACUUGGGCUCACGGACCAUGCCUGUACGCCGAAGCGCUCAGUUGGAAAGAAUUCGCCAACAACAGGACGACAUGCGUCGUAGACGAGAAGAAGAGGGAAAGAAGCAGGAGUUUGAACUUAAUUCUUCCAUUCGACUGAAAAAACUAGCCCAAGUUCAACCAAAAGUGGGCAUUGAUAACCCUACAUUUGAGGACAUUUUAGAAGGACCUAGCAACACGGUUAAAGUUCUAGAAAUAGAUGAACUGCUGUCUUCUCUAAAACACAUACAACACAGCCUAGUUGACAGCCAGAGUCAGGAUGAUGUGACUCUCAUUUUGCAACUGGUUCAGAACCGGGAUUUUCAAAAUGCGUUCAACAUUCACAAUACAGUAGCCAUUCACAUGCACAAGAUGAGUCCACCAUACCCUGUGAGUGGCAAUGCACAGGAUCUAUCCCAGGAGGUGCAGAAGAUUUUGACCAUUAGUCACCAGAAAGAUGGACAGGAACUCUGUGCUCUUCUUGCAUCACCACACUUUGAAGCACUACUUCAAGCCCAUGAUGGAGUAGCACAGCAAGAAAUGUUACUAGAGCCGUCAAAUAAUGACCAUGUGUAUGAGAGAGUAGCUGAGUAUGGAGGAGAGACUGUGAAAAUUGUUCGGAUUGAGAAAGCACGUGAUAUCCCCCUUGGAGCUACGGUACGUAACGAUGUGGAAUCUGUCAUUAUCAGUCGUAUUGUGAAGGGUGGUGCUGCAGAGAAGAGUGGUGUAUUGCACGAAGGGGAUGAAGUCCUUGAAAUAAAUGGGAUUGAGAUUCGUGGGAAGGAUGUUAAUGAGGUGUUUGAUUUGCUGGCUGAUAUGCAUGGUACACUGACAUUUGUGUUGAUUCCCAGUCAACAGACCAAGAAUCCUCCUGCCAAAGAGAUGGUGGUACAUGUGAAAGCCCAUUUUGAUUACGACCCCUCAGAUGAUCCUUAUAUUCCCUGUCGUGAGCUGGGGCUGUCUUUCCAGAAAGGAGAUGUGCUUCAUGUGAUAAGUCAAGAAGAUCCCAACUGGUGGCAAGCUUACAGAGAUGGAGAUGAAGACAAUCAGCCAUUAGCUGGACUUAUUCCAGGGAAAAGCUUCCAGCAACAAAGAGAAGCCAUGAAACAAACCAUUGAGGAAGACAAAGAGCCAGAGAAAUCAGGUAAACUUUGGUGUGCUAAGAAAAAUAAGAAGAAACGGAAGAAGGUGCUGUACAAUGCAAAUCGAAAUGAUGACUAUGAUAACGAUGAGAUCUUGACCUAUGAAGAAAUGUCACUAUAUCACCAACCUGCAAGCAGAAAAAGGCCAAUUGUUUUGAUUGGUCCACCAAACUGUGGUCAGAAUGAACUGAGGCAGAAAUUGAUGGAAAGAGAGGUUGAUCGUUUUGCUCUAGCAGUACCUCAUACAACGCGUUCUAUGAGAGAUGAAGAAGUAAAUGGGCGUGAUUACCUUUUUGUGUCACGGCAAUUUUUUGAAGCAGACAUGGCAACUAACAAAUUCAUUGAACAUGGAGAAUAUGAAAAGAACCUGUAUGGCACCAGUAUUGAUUCAGUGAGACAAGUGAUCAAUUCUGGAAAAAUAUGCCUAUUAAAUUUACAUACCCAGUCGUUGAGAAUUCUACGCAAUUCAGAUUUAAAACCUUAUAUAAUCUUUAUUGCACCACCUUCCCAGGAGAGAUUGCGUGCAAUGCUGGUCAAAGAGGGGAAAAAUCCAAAGCCUGAGGAUCUACGGGAUAUCAUAGAAAAGGCAAGGGAAAUGGAGCAAAACUAUGGGCACUAUUUUGAUGCAGCUGUUGUUAACACUGACUUGGAGAAGGCGUACCAAGAGUUAAUUCGCCUCAUAAACAAGCUUGACACAGAGCCUCAAUGGGUUCCAUCAACAUGGCUUCGGUGAGGAGCAAAUCAGCAGUUUACAAGUCCUCUUUUCAGCAGUUUGGCAGAAAGUGAUCAUUAAUGAAAACACAGAGUAAAAGAAGAAUUAACAAGACAUUCCAUUUUAUACCAGCACUUGGUGAUAGAAAUACUCAUGUAAUUACUAUUCAGUAACUAUUUAUAAUGUAAAUAUAGAUACAAUUCUGGCAUUAGUUAUCUUUGAAUCACCCUGUACAUAAUCCUAGGUUCAGGCUGUACUGAUUUGACCUUUUUAGGUAUUUUUAUAUUUUUUUAAGGUUUCGGCUUUGUGGACAGCUGUUUUCAAGCACUGUUCCAGAGUCUUUCAUGAGGAUUAAGUACGUAGGCAACAAAGUAUAUUUUUAUGAAAUAAAGUAGAAUUCAUAAAUUCCAUCA